UAUCACACUCUGGAUGGCAAGCGUAAAAGAAAAUUCACCCUUUUGCUUUCUGGUUUCACAAGAUUUUUAAGGUCUGUCUACAUAGGAACUUUGAUUUCAAUUGAUUACAAAUUGUCUUUGUGGGGCAUUCAAGAAAACUCGAGAGAAUGGAACAAGAUGAUACCAGCUGUACACAAAAGAUCGGCUGAGAGGGUACUUCAGGGCUGCCUUCGGAACAGUGGCCUCUACAUCAAGUUAGGGCAGGGGCUGGUCUGCCUGAACCAUAUCCUACCCAAAGAAUACAUCGACACACUGGAGGUACUACAGGACCAGGCUCUUGCUCGAAAGAAAAAUGAGGUGGAGGCGCUGUUUUUAGAAGAUUUCGGGAUGAAGCCCAUGGAGAUGUUCAAAGAGUUUGAUGAUGUUCCAAUCGCUGCUGCCUCUCUGGCUCAGGUGCACAGAGCUGUCACUCACGACGACAAGAAAGUGGCCGUCAAAGUUCAGUACAUAGACUUACAAGAUAGAUUUGUUGGAGACAUAAGGACAGUUGAGCUGCUGCUGAAAGUCAUAGAAUGGAUGCAUCCAAAUUUUGGAUUUGCUUGGGUUCUACAGGAUCUAAAAGGUACCCUAGCCAAAGAAUUAGACUUUGAGAAUGAAGGAAGGAAUGGUGAAAGAUGCAGGCAAGAUUUGAAGCAUUUCAAAUUUAUAUACGUUCCGAAAGUAUAUUGGAUGUACACAAGCAAAAGGGUCUUGACGUGUGAGUACAUUGAUGGCUGCAAGGUCAAUGACCUUGACAGGAUCAAACAGAUGGAUAUCACGGUUGCUGAGGUCAACGAGAAAUUAGUGAAAUGUUUCUCACACCAACUCUUCCACACUGGAUUCGUUCACGCUGACCCACAUCCAGGCAAUGUAUUUGUAAGAAAGGACAAACAGAACAGAUGCCAGCUGGUUCUAUUGGACCAUGGUCUCUACGAAUUCCUAUCCAUAAACGAUCGAAAGUACCUCUGCCGAUUUUACGAAGCUAUCAUGACAAGAAAUGACCGCCAGAUGGAGUUUUAUUCCAGAAAACUUGGGGUCAAAGAUUACAAAAUAUUCAGCGAGAUCCUGGUCCAGCGUCCAAUCAGCAUCUCCAGCAUCAAGCUGUCUAGUGUGAUGACCCCUGCCGACCUCGAGUACAUGAGGGUCAUGGCCCAGAAACAUUUCGAUAAGAUCAUGGCCGUCCUUAGAGAUAUGCCCAGGCCCAUGCUGCUCGUCAUUAGAAACUUGAACACCAUCAGAGCGAUCAGCAAACAACUCCACCAUCCUGUCGAUAGAUACUCUAUCAUGGCUAGAUGGUUCGUUCAUUUGUCUAUCUCUAUCUAUCUUUUUCUUUACAAAAAUUCAAAUAAAUUAUUCUUUAAACCAAUAAACAGUGCUAUUUCUGGCUCGUACAACAACAGAUACACAACGAGCAAAAGAAGGAAGAUCGUGAACACUUUGAAAUACUUCUACCACAUUUUCGUCUUCGAAUUCAAACUCAGGUUCAAUACAAUGAGAUUGUUUGAUGGUGAAGUGUUUGGUCCGGUUUUGCAGUAA